CAUCAAAGCAUCCAAACGUUGACAGAAUAAGCUUUGUCUCCUGAAGACUUGUGUGCCCCAAGUCUCUGUGCGUCACUCAUUACUGCCGCCUCGCAGAUUUUGUGUAACAUCACUUCUAUCUGGGCUACUUGCGCCAGCUCUUAAGUUGCUCUCCUUGUGUUUCACUUCUAUAUUUGGCCAUAAUUAGGCUUUCGGAGAUCUUCCAGGAGUGCACGAUGGAGCGCUGACCGAGUACACUCUCCCAGUUUCCUCAACCAGUGGUAAGAGCAAAGGCCAGCAGAUAUGGACGAGAUUGCUCUUCAAGAAGAUGAUCAAAGAGACUUCAGCUGGUCACGACACUAUCCUGGCGACGAGGGCUACAUAGAUACAAAAGUUGUGCCAGGCAGCAGUGGGGUGAAAGGCCCUGAGGACCGGGUGGGUGCAGCGACCAAACCAGCAGAGCAGACUGUGAAGCAGCCGGCGGAAGCUGUCGACGAGCCGGCGCCGUUCCUAGAGCACGCGGAGCUUCCAGGCAGCUACCAGCGGGCGCACCCGCCCAUACGCCCGGAUCAGCCGAGCCCGGAGCCCUCGGCCGCGGCACCCAGGCCCCCCGCUGCAGUCCCCUCGCCGCCACAGCUGCCCGCCGAGGACCCUUCUCCGCCAAAGCCGGCCGCGCCCGUCGCCGCAGCCGCUGCCAUUCCCCCGGCAGCGACCUCCAACGGAGGGAGUCACGGCAACGGGGCCGCCGCCGCCGCGGGCACCCGGCCGGCCGGCGGUGGUGGCGGUGCGGCCGCAGCGCAGGUGCCGAGCAGCGCACCGGCAGAUGACGAUGGCAGCGGCACGGACACGGAUGAGGAUGGGGAGCUGAUUGCGAAAGCGCGGCAGAAGGCGCUGCUCGAGCGGCAGCGCGCGGCCGUUGCCAAGAAGAGGGGGCCCGGCACAGGCAAGCCGCGGGCAGGGGGCGGCAUAACGCUGAAGCUGCUGAUAGAUGAGGACAUCUUGCAGCCUGGGGACAAUAUUUUGAGCGUGGAGUACAAGAGCUCCAUGACCUAUGCCAGCCUGGAGCAUGACGGUCGCAUCAGCUGCUUUGUGCAAGGGCAGCACUUGACGUUUGAGUCGCCGAGCGCGUUCAGCAUUUACCUGAAGCGCCUCGUCAACCCGGCGCGCAAGGCGGAUGACGGCUGGAAGACCGUCAAGUGCAACGGCCGCUUCCUGGAGCAGUACAAGCUCGAACUUGCGCGGCGGCGCUUCGGCAAACCUGAGGAAGACAGCGCUGGCGCUUCUGGUGAGGGCCCUCCAGAGGUGAAGAGGCCGCGGCUGGCGGUGAACGGCGGCUCUGAGAGUAAUUUGGGCCGGUCAACCUCGAGCAUGCAGCAGCAGUCCCCCAGGUCCCCCAGAGUACCCACCAAUGGGUACUCCGCAGAGCACAAUGAGUACCUCAAGAGCAGGCCCAAACGACAGAUCAAGGCGCCGGCGCGCAACAACUCAUACGAGGAGGAGCACCAGAUGGUGCCAUGCAUGCCGUACAAGGGGCCCAUCUGCGGAGGCGGCCCCUCCUGCCAGCCAUUCCGCGUGGUCGUGGCCCCCGCCGCGAACCUCAUGAUGGAUUUCCACGCGCACCUCUGCACCAGCGAGGUCAUCGGCAUCCUUGGUGGCAUCUGGGACCCCAAAUCCCAAGUCGUCAGGGUUACGCGAGCGCUGCCGGUACAGGAGAUUGCCAUAGAAGACGGCUCCAUCAACGUGGAGAUGGACCCCGAAGACCAGUUCCGCGCCGUGCAGAGCCUCACCGCAGAAGGCCUCAAGUGUGUGGGCUGGUACCACUCGCACCCGACCUUCCCGGCGCAGCCGUCCAUCAUCGACAUCAAGAACCAGGUCGCGCAGCAGCGGCAGUACCGCACCGAGGACGGCGCAGAGACCUACCUGGCCGCCAUUGUGGCGCCGUACGAUGACCAGCUGCCCGGGAACGCCUCCCAACUGACCUGGUUCCACGUCGCCUAUGAGCCCGGCCGCGCCCCUGAUGUCGAUCAGGACCCCCUCCAAGCCGGCGCGCGGCCCAUGGCGUUGCAGUGGGACACGGAUGACGAGGCGGCCACGCUGAUGCCCCUGCAGAACGAGAUGCAGACCCUGCUUCAGCGAUACGCGCCGUUGGAGAUUCGCGCGGAGAUGGAUCGCGAGUGGCGGAACGGGCAGAAGCGCAGCGACAAGUUGCGGCGCAGCCUGGCAUCACACAUCCCCAAGUCCUGGCCGCCAGAGAUGACCAGCCUCUUCCUCAACAGGCUCUCUGACGCUGUAAGCACCGCCUUCAAUGAGGCCUCCCCUCCCACCAAGGGCGUGUUGGGGUGGGUGCAGAAGGCAGCGGCAGAUGACGAUGUGGAGAUCUCUGAAUUGACAGAGGACGACCCUGCAGUGGCCAAGGCGUCUGAUGCUGGCGAGUUGCAAAUGGUGCGGGAGCAGCUGGGUCGGAUGGAUCUGAGGCGACCCAAUGACACACUUGCUGGUCCUUGA